GCGGGCGCAGGGUUCGCUGUUAGCUUGCUCCGUCUUUUGCGAAACCAUGUUUUGCUUUCUAAGGAAAAUCAUCCUUUUUCGGAGGCAUAUCAUCAACACAAUCUCUCCCUCAACAUCUCAGCAAUUACUUUGCUUUCAAAGCCAAUGUCUACCUGCCACUGCCAGGUACUGUAAUUCAAUUUCAUCCAGCGAGCAUUCUUUCACAGUCUCAUAUCUCAUUGACACAUGUGGCUUCUCACCCAAAGAAGCUGCUGGAGUUUCCAAGUAUCUCAGCUUGGAAACGCGAGAAAAACCAGAUACGGUUAUCAAUUUCUUGAAGAAUCUCGGAUUCUCAAAAUCCCAGAUUCUUCGUGUCACAAGACGAGUCCCCCAAUGUCUUCGAUCUCACCCUGAGAAAACCAUACUCCCCAAGAUCGAGUUUUUCAUAUCCAGAGGCGUUUCGAGUUCAGACAUCCCUAAGCUCUUAUGUAGUUGUCCUAACAUUAUGAAAAGAAGCUUAAAUAAGCAGCUCAUUCCUUCCUUUGAUUUCUUUCGAGAUUUGUUUCAAUCUGAUGACAAGCUCAUUAAAGCUCUUAAAUCUUGCUCGGGCAUUCUUAUUGAUAUUAACACCCUUGCCGUGCCUAAUAUGAAGCUAUUAAGAGAAGUCGGAGUUCCUGAAUCAAACAUAAUCAAAUUGUUGCAAAUCUAUCCUAAGACAGUGACUACAAGUACUGAAAAAUUCAAUAUCAUAGUGGAGCGAGUUCAGGAAAUGGGGUUUGAUCCUUUAAAGUUUCAAUUUUGUAUCGCCGUUUACGUAUUGUCGUCGCUAAGCAAAUCUACAUGGUCAAAAAAGGCUAAGGUUUACAAGAAGUGGGGCUGGUCAGACAACGACAUUCAUGCUGCUUUCAGAAGUUUCCCAUUUUGUAUGAAGGCAUCUGAGGAUAAAAUUGAUGCAAUAAUGACGAUUCUUGUUCAGAAAUUGGGCUGUCCGCCUUCCACUAUUCCCACUUAUGCAGUAGUUCUGUCACUUAGUUUGAAUAGACGAAUUGUUCCACGGGCUUCUGUCAUUCAAGUUUUGUUGUCAAAAGGUCUGGUGAAAAAGGAAAGAUUGCUCUCAAUAUUUCUCUAUACUGAAAGGGUGUUUUUGAGAAGAUUGGUCAUCAGUCAUGAGGAAGAAUGCAGUGAACUCCUGAAGCUUUAUCAGGCUGAACUUGAUCUUGCAAGGUGAAUGAGGAAUGAAAAGGUUAUGGGUAUGGACUGAGAUGGAGCAAGUCGCUUGUAACUAAAUUUAUGUCUUCUGCUGCAUGACCUUUGUUAAUUUCUCUCUCGUUG